ACAGGGACUGCUGCUUUCUCCUUGGCAACGUGCUUGUAGAUGGACUAGUGAGAAAGCGAUCCUGGCAACAAGGAGGCCAUGCAAGCCCAGCCUGUUGAACAUGUGCGGAUCCAGGUGGAAGAUACGUUCUUCUCCGUGGACAAGGCUCUUCUGGUAGAAUACAGUGAAUACUUCCGUGCUCUCUUCCAGUCUGGCAUGAGGGAGAGCACGCAAAAGGAGAUCCAGAUCAGGAAUCUGAGCGCCACUGGGUUUUUCGUCAUGUUAAAAGUCCUGGAAGGGGAGUACCCUAUGCUGAGCUGUGAGGAAAACCUCAAGGCGGUAGAAUGUGCCUCCUUCUUGCAGGUGAAGGCCCUGGCCAAGUAUCUGAUUGCAUCCAUCAAUUCUGACAACUGCAUCAUCUUGUACCAAGCUGCUGCGAUAUUUGGCCUUCUGGACCUUCUCCACAGGGCCGCUCUGUAUAUAAGAGAUAGUUAUUCUGAUCUGGAGGAAUAUCUGGACUGCCUUUCUCCAGAUCUUUUGGAUUAUGUAGAGUCUCUUCUCCCCAGUCACUUUGUGGCGGUGGGAGCUCACACACCCACUUUCGAGUUUUUGGAGGAUGUCUCACGAACUAUUUGCUACCUGGAUGAGGAAACCAAUGCCUGGAGGACACUUUCUUAUUUACCACUCACUGCCAGCACCUUUCUAGCUGGCAUGGCAACCCUAGAUAACAAAAUUUACAUUGUGGGUGGGGUCCAUGGGUACACCAAACAGGUUGUGGACCAAAGUUUUUGCUAUGAUCCAGUAACCAACAUCUGGAGUGAAUUUUCUAGCCCUCAGCAACUUCGGUAUGAUGUCACCUUGACAGCCCUGGAAGAUAAUCUGUAUGCUAUUGGUGGUGAAUUUGAGAAAACACCACUGAAAUCAGUAGAAAAAUUCAACAUAUCAACCAACAAGUGGAACUUUCUUUCAGAUUUGCCCCAACCAGCAGCAGCUGUACCCUGUGCCCAAGCGAUGGGGCGUAUUUUUGUUUGUUUAUGGAAACCUCUCGACACCACAGUCAUCUAUGAGUAUCUGUCCCAGAAAGAUGAAUGGCUUCCCAUCUCGACCCUUAACCGGCCUCAGAGUUAUGGCCACUGUAUGGUGUCUCAUAGAGACAAUCUCUACAUCAUGCGCAAUGGGCCUUUUGAUGAUUUCCUGCGAUGUAUGAUAGACUGCUUCAAUCUCACUACGAUGCAGUGGACAUCUUUGCCUGGACAGUACAUGAAUAGCAAAGGAGCACUCUUCACUGCAGUCAUCAGGGGGGACACUGUUUAUACCGUCAACAAGAUGUUAACCUUAUUGUAUACCAUAGAGGACAGCACAUGGAAAUUUAAAAAGGAGAAAGCUGGUUUCCCAAGAAGUGGUUCUCUGCAAACCUUCCUUCUCAGGUUUCCAAGAACAGAUCAUAGUAUUGCAACGUAAAUGUGGCAACUCCAUGGAUUGUUUAGUAAUGGCCAUCUACCAUCACAUCUGGACUUUUCUGGAUAGUCCACUUUUUACUUUUUCCAGACUGCCUCAGAUACAGCCAGAUCUAACCAAGUGUUAUGAGAUCAUGAUGGUUCAUGCAAAGUGAACAAAGUCCCAAGAAGCUGCUCAAGGCAAACUUCAGCAACUGCACCAGAAACCAUGGUCUUAUCCUCUUGGUACCAUAGCUGGGCUUGAGGCUUUAUGAAUGGCGAGCAAUGGAGUUUUCACCUACCCAUUUGUGGCAACAAGAUUAUUCUGAUAGGCCAGGCCUUUAUAGAGGAAACAGAUCUAACCAGAAGACGCCACUAAUCUGUCAGAAGGCCAGGGAUGCCCAGGAGAGGAAAUAUGGAGAGAGAGAGAGAGAGAGAGAGAGGCAUCUAGGUAUGUUUGGGAUAUGGUCUCUUGAAAUUCAGGAUAGAGUAUUGGCCAUGUUUGUUUAGCCCCAUCACCUGGUAAGAAGAAGCACCUACUGCUUUGCUGGCUAACCCUGACCAGGUUCACACAACACAUUUAAUUUGCUUGUUGAAUUAAUCAAUUUUCUAGGCAUGCAUAAUAAUGAGUCACAAAUUAACGAAACCGGCUGGGUUUGCACAACUCACUGAGUCAUAAAAAAUGAAGUUACAAUUAACGAAGUUUAAUGUAUGUGGAGAUGCAGUUCUUUUUUCCUGGCUUGAUUAAGUGUCUUAUCUGAACUUUAAGCAUCUUAUGGCUUAAGGGAACAGCCAGAUUCACACUAUACCAUGGUAGGUACCUAGAACACUCUGAACCAACAACUAUUGAUCUCCAUUUAGCAUGUAGUGCAAAACCCAGCUGAGAUGUCACAUAGGAAAUGUCCUGAGAUAAAUCACACUCUCAGUCCAACUACCUCUGUCUUCUUUACAUGGACUCCCUGAAUCUUUCUGGGGAUUCAAGAAGGAAUAUUUCCAGAUGCUGCCAGUGAUGCUGAUCUUGAGACUUUUGCCUGCCAAACAUAUGUUCUACCCCUGAAGGACAUUGAGAGUGAGGCCUCAACAUUGCUAAAUGGGUUUUGCAGAGAAGAGAUCUUUCUUCCUAGACUGGAGUAAGCGUCUCUUGACAAGUUCUCCAGAUGGAAGGAAGAAAGGCCUAAGUAGGUGAGAAAGUGCCUUCUACAGAGUCAGACCACAGAUCUUUUUGUCUCAGCAGUGGAAGCAGCAGUCUGCAGUCACAGGCAGGAAACCUUCCUGACUCUACCUGUGGGAUUGAACCUGUGACUUUCUGUAUGUCCUUCGCCUCUGCUGAAAGGUGAAAUGGAUUAACUGCCCUGGAUUCUCACCACUGAAUCCCACAACUCUGCUUUUAGAGCAGGGAGUUUUUUCGGGCAUUUCAACCAGAGCAUGGGAAAUGUAAAAUGUUAAUUCUUUAAUUUAACAAUGCACCAGAAGGAAACUGGCUAAACUUUAGGGAAAGUUAAACCUGUUUUUUAUUCCUUUUGAAUGCAGAAUUGGACUUAAAUUCACUGUGAAGUAUUUAAGUCUUGUUGCUUCAGAGGAAAACACUUGUCCUUGCAUGGCAUUGGGAGUCUCUUGCCAAGAUUGUUCCUUCAGUUAGCAACCCCUGUUUCCUGUGGUGAUAUAAACAAGUUCUGUGUAUGUGUUUAUAGAAUUUAUAUUCUCAGCAAUUAAAGCUGAGACAGGCUAUAAAUAGAUCCCUGGUAGGGGAUUAGUGCCUUCAAAAUAAGUACAGAUUGAGUCAGUUGGAAAUGAAUUUUAAAAGGGUUUAUUCUUUUGCACCAAAUGAUUUUGCUCAGCCCAGAUGGUCUUGCUUAAAGAGCUUAGUUUCUAUCACCUUCUAAUGCAAGGGUAAAACUCUAAUCAUAUGCUUUGCCAAAAGGUAAAAAAGAGGUGAGAGGGAUCUAAUCAUGGCAUGAAACAUUUCCAUGGGAAUCUGUAAGCCAGUCUUGCUAAAGAAACAUGUAACACUAGACUGUUUUGAAGACCACUAUUUGAAAAUCUAGGGUCUGAAAGCACCACUCGUGUUAUGGUGAAUGGAUUCACUCUAAGCUAUUACCAGCCAUGAAUGAUAGUUGGCUAAUUCACACACUAACAAACAAACCACAACUUACAGACCACUAUGGCUCCAUUCAAACAUUACACAGUGCCAAUUUUAGGCAGAUUACGUUAAGGUUUGUUUCAUUCAAUGGGUAUUAACCCAUCCCAGAAUGCAUGGAAGCGAAAUGUAUUGACUCAGUUGUGUCCCAAGUUGUCCAUUUGCAGUAAUUCAGAAAGGUGUCAGUCAGUGGCAUCCUCUUUUACCAGAAUUAAAAACAACAACACAUAAACCAGCAAUUGUGUAUGUGCCAUUUUAUUUGAGAAAAGCACAAUGUUUUUGGGAUCUACAGAUCUACAAAUGGUGCUUCUUUCCUCCUGUGACAUUCAACCAAAUAGGGUCUUUCCUGUUCUUGCUGCUUUUAUUAUGAAAUGCACCUCCUUUUUGAGUGGAUGGAAAAUGGUAUGCUAGAAGCUGCUAUCUAACAACCAUAGUGCAGGGAGUAAUAGUCAUUUUUAUUCCUGGCGGUAAUGAGGAGAAAAGAAUGACUUGAACAAUCCUUCUAUUUCAAGGAAGUGUUUGGGCUUGGCUGUAACAAGCUUAGGGUUCGAAGUCUCAACACAAUCGGGAGCCUCUUUUUCAUGAUAGAGCUAGGUGGAAAUAGGACUGCAGGAGGCUUCAGACAUUGCCCUACAAAAUGGGAUUGACAAC